UGAGAAAUUUUAUCAGUUGCACAAUCCAAUCCGUCUAAAGCUUAAUUAUAUGUUUUUCUCUAACGAACGCAGUGAAAGAGAAUAAAUUUUAUCUUUCAGUCCAAAUAUUGAUCUACUCUUCUGCAGAAGGACAAUAUCGCUUAUUAUGAGUUUAAUCAAGAAAAAGAAAGGAGAGAGAUUGAUAUUGAGCUGUAUCUACGCGUAUAUUUUUCUACGCACUCCAUUAUUUUUGAUGGCUUCCCUAAGAUUUAAAUUAAAUUUUUUCUCAAUAUAUUUAAUUAACGCGUCCGCCAAAGACCAUCAGUCCAAAUUUUUCCGUCAGACUUUCUAAAUAAACUCCUAGACGGUUCGAUGCAGCUGGUCAAGCUGAUUCAGAAUAUCACUUUGGUUUUUGGUAAAACCUUACUUUAAUGUGAAAGAAAUUGACUGACAGCCAAAAACCAAAAUUUAAAAAAACGCAGCACAGUUCACACUAACUGGCGUUACUUGGCGCUAUGGUCAACGGUAGAGCACACAUAGAGGAAUAUUUGACGAAAGUUUGAGCUCAAUUAGACUUUAGCUCUUUGUAGCGUUUAUAAAGUAUGGAAUGGUGAAUUUUCCAAAACAUUUUUAGUAUAAAAAAUUAAAAAAAAUUUCUGGAAAAAAUUAAUGUUAUACAUGGUUCGAUGCAGCUCGACGAGCUAAUUCUGAAUAUCACCUUGGUUUUGCGCUAAAAUGUUAUAUUAGUCGCAAAAAAAGGCAUUUGGGAUCAAAAACCAUGGUUUUUUGGAAAUCCUCCAGUACAGUCCAGAAUCAUUGGCGCUAUGAUCAAUGGUAGAGCACACAUAGAGGAGUAUUUGGGGAAAGGUUGAGCUCGAUUGGACUUUAGCUGUUUGUAGCGUUUACAAAAUACAGAAUGAUGCAUUUAUGAUACUCAAUUUUAGCCUAGUAGAUUUUUUUUUCUGUAGCAAUUUGAGUUCAAUGUAAACGAUCUUUUCAUUAAAAUGGAGCUCAUAGAUGAAUAAUUCCGUUCAGAUAGUUUUUCAAAUUAAACUAUUCCAAUAAGUUGGCCAAAAAAUUACCUUUAUCUGAGGAUAGCGAUUUUUGAGCAAAUUUCUUAGUAUGUGUUUUUCCAACGUUCAACUUAAUUUCUAAAAAUGCUAUUUCAGGACAAGAUAGAUCAAAAACAGAAGUAAUUAUACCAGUGCUUAAACUUGGAAAAAUAACAGUUUCGUUUUAUGUCCGCCUGAAUUUGCAACAUGGAUGGAAAAAUUCAAAAACCUUGGCCACACAAACCGUACCGAUGAAUACCACAACUGUUCAACCACCUUCUGCUACAACUGUGACAACUGCUCCGAAUGUAUCAUCACAGAUAAUCAUUGAGGAUGAUAAAAAACUUUUGAAACAUUGUCGUUAA